AGGUUUCAGCGGAUGGGAAAUCUGGAUGAUCUGACAAAAGCGAUUAAGUACAGCGAAGGGGCACUAGCUGUUACCCCCCAAGAUCACCCCAACCGAGCGGCCCUUCAAAAUAACCUAGGAGUAAAAUUCUCGAUUAGGUUUGACCGGGGAGGAGACUUCAGAGACCUCCAAAAUUCCAUUAAACACUGCGAGAAUGCACUGGCUGCUGCCCCGCAAGAUCCGAUUCUGCAAAGCCAACUGGGAAGCAGGUUGUUAACGAGAUUUAAGCGGAUGGGAGACCUUGGUGAUCUUCAAAAAGCCAUUAACCACGGCGAAGAGGCACUGGCUAGUAUUGCGCGAGCGCACCCCCAGCGAGCCUCUGUGCACGUUAACCAGGGAGCCACUCUCGCGGCGAGGUUUGAUCGGAUGGGAGACCUCCGUGACCUACAGGAAGCCAUUAAGCACGUUGAAGAGGCUCUCGCUGCGACCCGCCAAGGUCACCCCCAUCGAGCGAUCAUCCACUCUAGCUUGGGCGGCAUGCACAUUAAGAUGUUUGAGCGUACAGAUGAUCUUGGGGACGUCCAAAAAGCCAUCACUCACAGCCAAGACGCACUAGCUGCUACUCCUCAGGAUCACCCUAAUAGGGUGGGCAUACACGAUAAGCUGGGAAAAGGGUUCUCCGCAAGGUUUGAACGGAUAGGAGAACUUGGUGAUCUAACAAAAGCGGUUAAGCACAGCGAGGAGGCACUAGCUGGUACCCCCCAGGACCAUCCCAAGCGAGGGGCCGUACACAAUAACUUGGCACUUAGGUUGGCUUCGAGGUUCGAGCGGAUGGGAGAUACCGGUGACCUCCAAAAAGCUGUUGAGCACGGCGAAGAGGCAUUAGCUGCGACCCCUCAUGAUGACCCCGACCGCGCACGCAGACACAGCACCUUAGGGGUCAUUCUCUUUACGAGAUUUAGGCGGAUAGGAGAUAUUGGUGACCUCUCUAGAGCUAUCGAAAAUAGCGAGGAGGCUCUAGCUGUCUCCGCUCAAGAUCAUCCCCACCGGGCAGAAGUGCAUAAUAGUCUAACGAAGGCGCUCAAAGAGAGGUUUAAGCGGACAGGAGACCUUAAUGACCUCCAGAAUUCCAUUAAGCACGGUGAAGAGGCACUAGCUGCCACUCCCCAAUAUCACCCCUCCCGAGUGGACAUGCAUGGUAACCUGGCGAUGGGUUUGUCUGAGAGGUUUGAGCGGGUAGGAGAUCUUGACGACCUUCAAAAAGCCAUUAAACAUAGCCAAGAAUCGCUAGAUUCAACACCUCAAGAUCACCCCGACCGAGCGGCUAGGCACACCAACCUGGGGGCUAACUUCGCUAGUAGAUUCGAGAGGAUAGGGGAACUAAAUGACCUCGAAAUCGCCAUUAUGCACGGAGAAAAGGCUCUCGAAGCUAGCCUGAGAGAUCACCCCGAACGAGGGGCAUUUUGCAACAACCUGGGAAUCUGGUUGUCCGGGAGGUUUAAAUGCAGAGGGAAUGUUGAUGACAUUCAAAAAGCCAUUAAACUCGGUAAAGAAGCGCUGGCUGCUACCCCUGAACAUCACCCCCUUCGAGUGGCCAUGCACAGAGGCCUGGGGGAAAACUUCUCGGCUAGGUUUGAGCAGACGGGAGAGCUCGGUGACCUCGAGAAAGCUAUCAUCCAUAAAAAAAAGGCAUUAGAGGCUUGCCCUAAGGAUCACCCAGAUCGAGCGACUAUUUGUACUGCCCUUGGUGCAUUAUUGGAAACAAGACUCUCGCGGCUACCCACUAGCGAUGGCCACAGCGAAUGCCUUAGCCUAUACCUCGAGGGCUUCCAUUGCCGCACCUCACCGCCCAGGACCCGGAUUCAGGCGGCUCGGAGAGCUGCUUAUUUACUAUAUUCGGGUGGAAAGUUUCACGAAUCAAGUUCCAUACUCGAGGAUGCAGUUAGCCUGAUGCCAAGCGUCAAUUUACGGUUGCUACAACGGGAUGACCAACAACACAUACUGUCGGAGCUUUCCGGGCUAGCGUCAGCUGCUGCUUCAAUGGCUCUUCAGGCUGGGAGAAAAGCCUAUCACAGCCUAAAGUUACUGGAGCUCGGUCGUGGAAUAAUUAUCGGCUUUGCAAUCGACUCAAGGUCAGAAGUCUCAGAUCUUAAGGCCGACCAUCCCCUGGAAUUCAACCAAUUUGACCGCCUUCGAGUAGAGGUUGACUCCCCGAUGAAUGAAACGAGCUACACGGGUGACGAAACACCCGAACAAUACCGAAAGCGUGCUACAUCAAGACGUUGGGAGGCUGUUAAGGAAAUGGAAGAAACUCUAGCUCGCAUCCGCCAGUUACCUGGAUAUGACGGAUUCCUGCUCCCCCCCCCUCAAGACGCUCUAAUGGAAAUGGCAAGAAAUGGUCCCAUCAUUAUCUUCAACAGCACAUCCUACAGGAGCGAUGCCACAAUUGUCACUACCUCGGCUAUAACGUCAUUAGAGCUUCCGAAGCUUAACUAUGAGAAAGCAAUCGAGUGGAUGGAGAAAUUAGCCAAUUUUGGGAAAGGCCCGGGAGGGCUAUUAAAGAGAGCCCAGGAUAACAAAAAAAUGCGGGACCUCCUUCUUUGGUUAUGGGAUACAGCGGUAGGGCCCGUUUUGGACCACCUUGAAUGCAACGGAGCAAUUAUCAGUGGUGAUGUCCAAGGCGGCGAUCCGAAGCACAUUUGGUGGGUUGGAGUUGGGCAAUUAAGUAUGGCGCCUUUCCACGCCGCUGGGGACCACUCCCGAGGUUCAACCCGUAACACUAUAAGUCGAGCCAUUUCAUCAUACAUCCCAACAAUAAAAGCCCUCACCUAUGCGCGUCAAGUGGAGCUCCGGCUGCUCGACGAGUCUGGUCCCUCUUUCUCAGCGGAACCCUCCAGGAAAGAGAAACCUCUCGGAAGACAGAACCCUCGUUUGCUUCUAAUUCCCAUGCCGAAGACACCCGGCGAGGCAAGUCUACCCGGUGUUGAUAGAGAGGUUCAAUAUAUACAUGAUUCCACCUCUAAAACUCCCGGCGAGACCACUGUGCUAAGCAAUCCAACCCCGGCUAAAGUCCUCAGGCAAAUUCAGCACCACGACAUUGUCCAUUUCGCCUGCCACGGAGUGUCCGACACUAACCCUUCAGACAGCCACCUGCUUCUGCUCACCUCGGAUGGGAAGGGUGCCGAUAAACUGCUGGCUCGUGAUAUAUCGAAUAUAGUUGCACAAAAUGCACAGCUUGCAUACCUUUCAGCCUGCUCCUCCGCCAAGAACUCCUCGGUUAUUUUAGCCGACGAAGUUAUCCAUCUGGCCAGCGCAUUUCAACUCGCCGGAUUUAGCCAUACCCUCGCAAACUUGUGGGAAACAAAUGACGAAGCCUCUAGUCAAGUGGCAAGAGACUUCUACAACCUUCUAUUCCGACGUGAAGGAAAUGGCGAUGGGCACCACCGGGUCACGGCUGCCUUUCACCAAGCUGUGAAGAAAUGUCGGGACAAAAAACCUGCCAAUUUUCUCACCUGGGCCCCCUUCGUGCACACAGGU